GGCCGGCCGGCAGUUUUCUCCCGCUCGAUCCCUCCCUCAUCCUCCUCGCUCGAUCAUCCGUCCUCAUCCCGCUCCUACAUCAGUUCUUGCUCCAUCGGUUCCUACUACUGUAUUGUCGAUCAUCUUCCCAAGGAGAUCUGAUAAGCUAGCAGGCAGGCAGCUAGUAGCACCGUACCGGCGCCUUGCUGGUUUGCGAUAGGUAUACAUAAUGUCGGGGAUCUCGCUGGCGGUGGCGCCGCGGUCGGACCCGAACCAUGCGUCGGAGCGGCAGCCGACGGCGAUGCUGGGCGGCGUGAUGGGCUCGCUCCGCGUGAUCGAGCUGCAGCUGGUGGCCUUCAUCCUGGUGUUCUGGGCCUCGGGCCUCGUCCCGCUCGUCGACCUCACCUUCCCCGUAGCCACCACGCUCUACCUCCUCGCCAUCUCCCGCCUCGCCUUCCCGCCGCUGCACCCCAACAACUCCAAGCAGCUCGGCGCCGCCUCCCAGCACUCCCAGCAGAUCUUCCGCGGCAGUUCAGCGUCGCCUCCCAACACACCCAGCAAGAGUAAAAAUGGGAUCCAACAGAUUUUUCAUUUGCCUAUCUUCUCUAUCUGGAUAGGCAUCCCAUGCCCCUCGAGAUGCAUUUUUGCCUCAGUACAUCCCUUCUCUAUCUCAUCUGGGCCCACCCUCUCUCCGCUCCCGAUGCACCGCGCCGGCCCCGCCAUGCUCGCCGCCGGCCCCGCCGUGCCCCGCCAUGCCCGCCGCCGGCCCCGCCGUGCCCUCUGCCGGACCAAGCUCGCACCCCGACCGCGCGCCGCCGCGCCAUGCCGCGCUGCGAGCUCCUCUCCGAUGUCUCCCCGAGCUCCAACGUUGGUGGCGGCGGUCGAAUCGGCGGUGACGGCGGCUGAAUCGGCGGCGGCGGCGACCGAAUCGGUGGUGGCAGCGGCCGAUUCGAGGCCGCGCAGCUCCUCCCUGGCACGGACCUCCGGCGGGGUUGAGCUCCCAUGGCAGGCGGGGUCGAGCUCCCCCUGGCCGGCGGGGUCGAGCUCUCCUCCCUGGCCUGCGGGUCGAGCUCCGCUCCCUGGUCGGCGGGUCAAGCUCCACUCCCCCUGGCCGACGGGGUCGAGCUCCCCCUGGCCGGCGGGGUCGAGCUCCGAUCCCCCUCGCCGGCGGGGUCGAGCUCCCCAUCGCCAGCGGUGUCGAGCUCCCCAUGGCCGGCUGGGUCGAGGUCCGCUCCCAUGGCCGGCCACGUACCACGGCGUCGACGAGCACCCCUAUUCCCGGUGAUCGAUGCGCUGCUGUGGGAGGUAGACGCGGAGGUCGAUCGAGGAGAACGGCGGCGGGUACGUCAAGCAGAGGCUGAAGAGGAGAUUUUGUUGUGCAUCUCGCGGCGGCGGGUGGACGGCAGCGUGGCGCGGCGGCGCUGACUGCAGCGGGGACGGGGAGAUAUUACUAGUCGUCUAUUGGAUCCCCAUCCAUGUAAAAGCUAAACAGAUAGGUAAAUAACUAGCUAAAUAGAAAUUUAGCUACUGUAAUUUGAAGAAACUCUUGGAGAUGAAAUGCACUAAUGAGCAUAGGCGAGGAGCGAAUGGAAAAGUUGUUGAGCAUCGUACAA